AUGUCAGGCAUUCUUCCGAUAUAUAAAUCUGAUACUGAUGGUAAACAAAGUGAUAAAUAUGAAUUUGUGGUUCGAUUUGUGGGAAACAAUCAUGAUAUAGUGAUUCCUAUAGAUGGUAAUACUAUACGGUUGAAAAAUGUAUCAACGAGAUAUAUACGGCAAGAAAUUAGACGACAGGAUCCGGAAUUAUCGAAUAAGAGGUUGAAAUUGAUACAUAACGGAGGGGUUCUCCUGAACCAUACUGAUUUUGAAAAGGAAUUGAAGUAUUACAAUACAGCAGACGAUUCUGUGACCAAGAUUUAUGUGCAUUGUCUUGUAGGAGAUGAACUAAGUGGUGAUGAGUUGGCCAAAGAAGAAGAAUUGGAAAGACAGCCAGAGAAAUCCACUACAGAGGCGCCUAGGGGGUUUGAGCGGUUCUUAUCGCAGGGCUUUUCUCAGCAGGACAUAAUAGAUUUACGGCAGCAGUUCCAGCAGAUACACGGGGUAGAUACUUCAGGUCAGACUGAGGACGGCUUGAGAGAUCUAGAAGAUAGAUGGAUCGAUAGCACUGUUAAUAAUGAGAUCGAUGAGUUUCCUGCGAAUCUACGGAUUCCCAGCGGUGGCGGUUCUCGCGAAACAGGCUCAACCGGGACAGCUACCGGGGCAUCUACUGGGGCAGUAGGAUCUACCAGGGGUUCCGACGGUACUGGAGCAGGAGAUGCUGCAUCUACAGCAGGACCUGGUGGUUACAUUACGCGGGAAACUAAUGUCCACAGAGAGUUGUUCAUAGGAGUGAGCGUGGGUUUUUUUUUGGGAGUCUUUGCACUCUUUCUCCUGGCUAUGGAGGCUGGAGGAAUAUUCAACAAGCGGACACGGAUGGCUAUAAUGUCUGGGGUGAUUGUGAAUGUGAGUUUCGGAGUGCUAAAGGCAUGGUCGUAG